AUGCUGAAGCAGGAAUAUCUGGUUUAUACAAAAUCCUGUGCCUAGCUGGGCUACUCAGACCAGCAGUUAAAACAGUUUACUGUUGCAUUAAUCAUUCAGAAGUCAUCUAUAUCUUGUCCCAAAUAUGCAUCUAGGCUCAAAGUACAGGUGGGUGCGGAUCUUCAGGAUGAUAUUUGCAGAUAAAGAUUUAUAUGAGAAAUUAUUGGCCCAGACAACAUAAUGAUGCUGGAUGCAAACCAACAACGGGAAAUAAAGGAAGCAAUAGAGUGGGUCACUAAACCAGGUGAGUUUAAGCCCUUGUGGAUUAAGGAGCCAACUUUUCCAGAGGGACAUGCAAGCAUUUCAAAAGCCUUAGCACUGCUAGGAGUUGGUGUGGCAACCAGAGAACACUGCCACAACAGAGUGAUAUUUAAACAGCUUCUACCAGCUAAGGCCUUGAGUUAUCUCCAAAUUGACAGCUGCAGGCUAGGAAGUGUGAAUGAACACUUGUCUGUGUUGCUGAUGGCCAAAAUGUUCCAGAGUGAGGCUCUGCAAAAUGCAGCAGGAAUAGGUCUCCGUGAAUCAGUCCAGCAGUUGAUAGUAUUUGAUUAUAUCCCGGUGUCUGGAAGCCUUGAAAGCAGGUACUUGAAACCUGGGCUGUAUUCCAUCUUCAGACACUUCACAGAUCCCAGUCACUAUGGUGGCAAACUCUCCAAGUCAGACUAA